AUGCGCGCUCUCCUGCCGCCUGCGGAGACGAUUCCCCGACGAGGAAGAAGCCCUGAAGUGAUCCCAGCCCGGAAGAGGAGCCAGGCGAGGAGUUGGAGCGGAGAGCAGCUUCAGCCGCCUUCCUCCUCCCCCUCCCACCCGACGCCCCCCGCUCCCCACCGUCCUCGCCUCCUCCUCCUCUUCCUCGCCGCCGCCCCGUCGCUGCUGCCGUCGCUGUCCUUUACGGAGGGGCUGGUGGGGGAGUCCCUCUUCGCCGCCGCUGCUACCAGCACUAUCCUGAUCCUUGAUCGGAGAGAAAGAGGGAGACCCGGCUGA